AGCGAACUCUUGCGACCUCCAUUUGAGUAUUCGUUCUGUUUCUGCUUCUUUCGGCGUUCAAGCUCUGCAACUAUGCAGAUCUUUGUGAAGACCCUGACGGGGAAGACUAUUACACUUGAGGUCGAAUCCUCAGACACCAUCGACAAUGUGAAGGCGAAGAUUCAGGACAAGGAAGGCAUCCCACCGGAUCAACAACGCCUCAUUUUUGCUGGGAAACAGCUCGAAGACGGCCGAACCCUUGCUGAUUAUAACAUCCAGAAGGAGUCGACGCUUCACCUGGUUCUUCGUCUCAGAGGAGGAGCCAAGAAGCGAAAGAAGAAGACCUACACUAAGCCCAAAAAGAUCAAACAUAAGAAGAAGAAGGUGAAGCUCGCCCUUUUACAGUUCUACAAGGUUGAUGAUUCAGGAAAGGUUCAGAAGCUGCGGAAGGAGUGCCCUAAUCAAGAGUGCGGAGCCGGAACAUUUAUGGCGAAUCACUUCGAUCGUCAUUAUUGUGGUAAGUGUGGAUUGACUUACGUUUACCAGAAGGCUGGAGGCGAAUAGAG